UCCGAAUCAUUGUUGCGCUACAAAAACACAAGAUGUCUUUUGCUUUUAUAGUGCCUCCAAUGGCUUCUCUCCUCACCAUCAAAUCACCAUCCUUCCAUUUCCAGGUAACUCAACUUUUGGUUUUGUUAAUCGUCCUCACACCGGCUCAAUCGAUUAGCCACUGUAGAACCUCAUGCGGAGGCGUUCCGAUACGCUACCCGUUCGGCGUGGACGAUGGCUGCGGCAGCCCCUAUUACCGCCGCCUCCUCGUUUGCUCCGAGACCGGCAAUUUGGAGCUCCGGACCCCUUCUGGCCGGUACCCGGUUCGCAACAUAAGCUACAACGAUCCACACAUCCUGUUGACUGACCCGUUCAUGUGGAACUGCCUGGACCGCGACAACUUCCGCCCCACGCGUGCGUUUAGCCUCGACACGAGCACGCAUCUGUCUCUCUCCCCGCAGAAUGAUUACCUGUUCUUCAACUGCAGCGAGGAGGAUGUCAUCAUCGAACCAAAGCCGAUGUUCUGCGAGCGGUACCCUGACCGGUGCGACUCGUCAUGCGACAGCUCGAGCUACCUGUGCCGUCACUUGCCGGAAUGCGCCUCGGCAUUGCGAUCGGGCUCUUGCUGCUCUUAUUAUCCAAAAGCCACCGAGUCACUUAGGCUCAUGCUCAAGUACUGUGCUAGCUACACUAGUGUGUACUGGAGGAACAUUGGAGCGGGUCCUUAUGAUGAGGUGGCGGAGUACGGUAUUAGAGUCGAUUUCGACAUUCCCGUGACAACUCGGUGCUUGACAUGCCAGGACAAUCUGAAGGGCGGCGGGAUUUGCGGGUUCGAUACACAAACAGAGAACUUUUUGUGCAUUUGUGAUGGUAGGAAUGAUACUGCUUCUUGUAAAGAUCGCGGCUUUUCGGGGCAUGGCAAGACUGCGGUAAUUGCAGGGACCGUAACUGCAGUUUCAGGAGCAGGAGCCAUAGGAAUUGGAGCUGGAAUUUGGUUCUGGAGGAAAGUGAGGGCAAAAGCACCGGUCACAUGUGGAGUCCAAACCAAUGACAACAGACUCUUUUAAUAACACUAAAGCAAAGUGAAGGCAGACAGACAUCUCCUCUCUCAUUUGCUUUUCUUGAUCCUAGAUUUAUGUUGGUCUUAUUCUCAUUCUUGAGUCCUCUCUGAUUCCAUUUACUUGCGACACACAAUACGGCGCUGUUGUCGGACC